AUGUCCGACGGUGGCGCCGCCACCCUCGCCCUCCUCCAGUCCUGCGCCACCCUCCGAGACCUCCACCAAGUUCACGCCCAGAUGAUAAAAACCCAGCAUGACCGCUCCUCCUUCCUCGCCGGCAAGCUCGUCGCUUUCUGCUCCCACCGCAACCUCAUGGACUACGCCCUCUCCGUCUUCGCCCACACCCCCUCCCCAGGCCUUUUCGCCCGCAACUCCAUUAUCCAUGGCUACCUCCAGGCCUCCUCCCCCCACCUCGCCCUCCUCUUCUUCGCCUCCCGCCCCGCUCUACCCCCCAACUCCCAUACCUUCCCCCUGCUCUUCAAAGCCUGCGCCCACCUCCACGACCUCCUCCUUGGUAAAGCCCUCCAUGGCCACCUUCUAAAGAUCGGAUUCCACUCCGACCUCCACGCUCAUACCGCCCUUCUUUACCUCUACGCCUCCUGCGGCCAAGUCAUAUCCGCGCGCAAGCUGUUCGCUGUUAGUCCCCACGGAGACUGCAUCGCUUGCUGGAAUGCCAUAAUUUCGGGUCUCGUCAAGGGUGGCCGCUCGAAGGAGGCCUUGGAGCUAUUUUACGAGCUGCUGGGAAUGGAAUGUCGUCACAGGGAGACUCCAUUAGAGGCGGAUGAGAUUACAAUCGUUAGUGCUCUGGCCGCUUGCACGGAUCUCGGCGCGUUGGACUCGGCAAAAUGGAUACACGAGUAUGCUCUGAAGAAUGAAGUCCGGGUUAAUGUGUGUGUUGGCACGGCGCUGGUUGAUGCUUAUGCGAAGUGCGGGAGCGUCGACCUUGCGAGGAGAGUGUUUGAUGAGAUGCCUGAACGGAAUGUGAUGUCUUGGACCGUGAUGAUUAGAGGACUUGCCAUGUUUGGGCAGGGCAGGGAGGCUCUCGCAUUGUUCUCCAAGAUGGUUUCUGAGGGUGGAGCACCUGAUGAUGUUACAUUUGUUGGUGCUCUGUCGGCUUGCACUCAUUCAAGAUUGGUUGAUGAGGGCCGGCGUAUCUUUGACAGCAUGGGCAAGUGUUUCAAUGUUUCGCCGAAGAUGGAACACUAUGGUUGCAUGGUCGAUUUGUUGAGCAGGGUGGGGUUGUUGAAGGAGGCAUUGGAUUUGAUAGAGAGUAUGCCAAUGAAGCCUGAUGCUGCACUCUGGGGCUCUCUAUUAAGUGCUUGCAGGAGGAAUCCAAGUCAUUUGGAGCUUGCUGAAUAUGUGGCUGGCCGUUUGAUGGAGAUCGAACCUUAUAAUGAUGCUACUUAUGUCUUGCUAUCAAACAUUUAUGGUUACCAUAAUAGAUGGGAAGAUGUUGGGAGAAUUAGGACAUGGAUGAAAGCUAGAGGAAUAAGCAAGACUCCAGGAUGCAGCUCUGUUGAAUUAGAUGGCGUGGUUCAUGAGUUUAUUGUUGGGGAUAAGUCACACCCUGACAUUGAAGAGAUACAUGCAAUGGUGGAAGAGAUUGAAAUGAAGGUUGUCGAGAUGGGACAUGUGGUGGAUACUUCAGAGGUAUUGCUAGACAUUGAGGAGCAUGAGAAAAUGAAUGCUUUGAUGCUCACAGUGAGAAACUAG